AUGCGUGAAAUAAUUUCAUUGCAGAUUGGACAGUGCGGAAACCAAGUCGGAGAAAAGUUUUGGGACCUUGUGAAUGAAGAACACAACAUCUCACCAGUCGGAGAGUUUACGGGGACGCCAAUUGAACAACAAAGACUCUCAGUCUACUACACUGAGAGUUCAACUAAAAGGUACGUCCCUAGAACUACCAACGUGGAUCUUGAACCAGGUACUAUUAAUGCUUUGAAAGUGGGAAAACUUGGUGGGUUAUUCCGCCCAGACUCUUUUGUAUGUGGCAAAAAUGGGGCUGGUAACAACUGGGGAAAGGGACACUACACUGAUGGAUUGGAGCUAUGCGAAAGAGUGAUGGAAUUUGUAAGAAAAGAAGCAGAGGCGUGCGACUGUUUACAAGGAUUUCAGAUCACACAUUCACUUGGAGGAGGUACUGGUUCGGGGCUCGGAACGUUGAUACAAUCGAAGCUCCGCGAAGAGUAUUUCGACAAAGUGAUUUCGACAUUCAGUGUGAUGCCUUCACCAACUAUCAGUGAAACAGUAGUGGAACCUUACAACUGCAUGUUGUCGUUGCACAGCCUCUUGGAAUCGGCUGGUGUAUCAUUCUGUUUUGAUAACGAGGCGCUCAACACAAUAGCGAAAAACAUCACAAACAAAGAAAAGCCGUCGUAUGAAAACUUAAACUGCAUUGUGGCGUCUGUCAUGUCUGGGAUCACCUGUUCGUUGAGGUUUCCAGGACAGCUAAACCAAGACCUCAGAAAGCUGUACGUCAACAUGAUCCCAUACACGAGGUUGAGAUUUUUGACUUCUUCGAUUGCUCCUGUUGCGAGUGCUCUCGAAAUGGAAUACCAAAGCCUUUCGGUGUCCGAAAUCAUCCCCCAGCUCUUUGAAAGGAAAAAUAUGAUGGUUGAUUUCAACCCACAGAACGGCAGAUAUUUGACUGCGUCAUGUAUCAUGAGAGGAAACGUCUCCACUCACGACGUUGAGGAAAACCUUUUCUUACUCAGAGAAAAGAACACUGAUGUGUUUUGCCCGUGGAUCCCAAAUAACGUCCAGCUCGCCGUGUGCGACGUCCCGCCAAAGAAACUGAAAGUUUCUGGUACACUCAUCUCGAACUCCACUGGAAUGGUCGACCUAUUUGAUCGCAUCUACAAACAGUUCGUUGCGAUGUUUACCCGAAAAGCUUUUGUUUACUUAUACACAGAAGAGGGUAUGGAGGAGUCUGAAUUUUUGGAGGCAGGAAGUGACAUAGCCGACCUAAUAAAAGAGUACAAACAGUACCAUUCUGCUGAACCACAGAUCGACCAGACUAUACAGGACAACACAUCCAUUGCGUCACAACCUUCUUUUUAG